ACUGAAUUGAUGGUCAACUGUAUUGAUAACUGAGUUUGUGUUAAGUGUAUGUAAGAGUGGUUAACAAUAACUGACAACAAGUGGACUGAGUGUUGACAUUGGAUGUGAUUUGUGGUGAAAUGAGUGUCACUUUUGUUGGGUUCAUAUGAUAUGAUGGACGCAAUGAUGGCUACCAUUGACUUCUCGAUGGACUCGAGGGUGAAGAAGAGUUAUGUACCACUUGUCUCACAACAGUGUCAUUUACGGCAUAUUCAACGCAUUGCCGCCAGAAAUAUAAGACUUACAGUUACUCCACAAGAACCACACGAACUGAAUGGCAAAUCAAGUGAUAGUGACAUUGGAUUCUGGUUUUCAUUCGUUAACACUAACGAAGAAGUUGUCUACGAAAGCUCCCGAAUGGAAGUGUCUGGAAAGCUGUUCCUUAAGACAUUCAACUAUCAAUGA